AAACCGAUUCUGCAAAAACCCAUUCCUAUUCGAAAUAUUUAAUCCACAAAAUUUCCAAAACAAAAACUCAAUCCACGAAACGAUACUGAUAUUGCCUCCAGUAACCCUAGAUUUACAUCGCCUCACCAACGUCCUCGUCGUCCACCGUCAACCAUCGACCCCAGAUUCCUCUUCGUCUCACCACUGCGAAGCUUCACAUCGGAAGGAGGGUGCUUCGUUGUUCGAAGAUUCUUGUCGCCCCAUUGAGUUUAUUUUAUCCACUGAGUGUGAUCCAUACCCACCAACCAUGACGAACAAAAGUCUUCCCCAUAAAGUUGAUGGCAAGCGAAAGCGAGGGGAAUCCCGUUCCAAAACCAAGCCUGAUCAAACAGCUGUUCCUGAAGAAGUGAACAUGAAAAAAGUAAACUACCGGUCAAAUAUAACUGGAUUGGUCAAACUGUUAAAGGAUACAAAAUUUACAAGUGGCCAAUUGAAAUGCCUUAGAAAAACACCGUUCUGGCCAUUAUUUGAUAGCUUGAUCAGUAACGAAAUCGACCUCAACCACUGCAUGAAAUAUGAUGAUAUCAUUGUACGUAUAGUACAAACAUUCAAGCAAUCUAGUGGAAGGUUUUACAUUGGGGAUAAGAACAUCCAGAUUUUUAGAAGCGACGUAUCACUGAUUUUUGGGGUGGACUGCGGCACCAAGUCGAUGGACCUCUCUUAUGGUGCAAAACCAACAACCGGCAUCAUACACCGAAUGUGCAAGGAUGUUAGUCGGUUAAGUGCUGCCAAAAUACGAGAAAUUCUGAGGGAAGCAUUGAAGGGCACAAAAAAACAUGACAAUGAGGAGGUCGCAAGAUUAGUUUGCAUGUAUGCAUGCGUCAAGCUAUUCUUUUCUACAUCCGGAGAAACAAUUGGAUGGGUUUUCUACUCAUACAUGGACCCAUUACACAAGAUGAUCGAGUAUGAUUGGGCUGAGAGCAUCCGGGCAACCUUGAUGGGUUCAUUGGGCCAAAACUGUGAAAAACCAGGACGAGUCACCGGAUGUGUGAUGUUGUUAAUGGUAAAUCAAAUCUCAUAAAACUUAUUCUAUGUUUAAUAUGAACAUAUACGGGCUCUGAACACUCUGAUGUGAAUGUUCACAUUUCUCAGCUUUGGUGUGGAAGUUGACAACAUUGAUGAAAACAUUCGCAUUACUGUUUCAGUAAUGUACAAACACACAUUAGUAGAUGCUGGUGUAAACAUUCACAUUAACAGAUGUGAACAUUC